GUCCGGUGCCAUGGAUGGAGAAAGAAGGCCGGGGCAUUUGCGGCAACGUUCCGGCGAUCAUGCGCGUCCUCGGGCAGGUUCCAUGGACCGCCAGUGGCGGCGCGACAACACGGUGACACCACUACAGGGUGGCUACAACGGUUUCAAGAUCGCUGUGGCCAUCAUCGUUUUCCACUUUGGCGUCAAAAUGCUGGAACAAUUUGCUGACCUUCUGUUACCAUUUAUCAUGGCGCUCUUAUUGGUCACCGUCCUGGAGCCAGUGAAACAGGCAACUCUGGAUGUUCUUGAGUGUAGCUUCAUCCUGAUUUUCUCCAAGGCAUGCCGCUGCUGCUUGAGGAUCUCCCGCAAGUCUGCGACAUAUGGAAGCCCGGACAAACGUCCCAAGGUGGAAUUUGCUGAGCUGGGAAGUGUUUUCAAGAAGCUCCUCAUGUUCGUGUCCAUCGCCCUGACCAUAGCCUUUGCGGGUCGGCUCUUCUGGAUGGUGGGCCAGAUCAUUUGGCUCAGUGGGGAGGCAGUCAUGCACGACUUUCGCUUCUACGAGGGUGGUGUCUCCAAGCGCACCAAUCAGGUCCAAAACCUGCUUGAAAGGUUCCACCUGCAGAAGAGCGUCCCUACUGACAUGGAGCAUAUGGGUCAGUUGGCCCUGAGCUGCUUGCAGUACGCGGCACAAUUCCUGAGCCAACAUGUCUUCUACACUGUGACACAGGUCAGCCUUACAGCCAUCUUCGUGCUUUUCCUGUUGUGGUCGCCAGUGCAACGGGAGUUCUCUCCGGUGAUGCAGGGCGUCUUCCAAUCCAUGGAGACCUACUUGAAGCUGAAAACUUUGAUUUCAGCCAUGAUGGGCGUCACCAACGGCAUCGCCCUGGCAGUCAUUGGGCUGGAGCUGCCUGCCGCCUGGGGGUUGCUCACCUUUCUGGCCAACUUCAUUCCGAACAUCGGCGGCCCUGUGAUCUCGAUCGUGCCCUGCCUCAUUUCCAUCCUGGACGAGCGAAAAUCGCUCUACCAGGUGAUGAUGGCGUUUGCGGCGCAGUUCCUGCUACAUUUCAACAUCGCCAACUUUGUGGAACCCAUCAUCUUCGGGAACACCGAGGACGGCCGCGGCAUCUGCUGUGGCAUCCGCCGUGGCAUCAACCACGCAUGGGCCGAUGGUUGUGGAAUGGGUGGGGUAUGGCGGUGAUGCAUGAGACAUGA